AUGAAUCCACUGUCGCCCGCCGAAAUGGAGCGGUUCCAGCAGCUCUCCAACAAGUAUGAGCCGGAGCUCCCAGGCCCGCUCGUCUCGCACAAACAGUCAACCAAUGCAAUUGCGAUGGACUAUGCCAAUGCUGAUCCUACGUUUGCUACAAAGACAACCGCCCUGGCCGUUACACAUCCCCAGUCGCGCAUCAUGAAGGGAGAUGGAAACUCUGUUGCCUUUGGGUACUUUGAGCAUCUCUUCAAUCUUCGUGACCCUAUACUAGUUCAGCGCGAGCGGGCACGGAUCAAGUCGUUGAGCACACUUCUCGACCAAGUAGGUCUGGACGAAAAUACGUACGAGAUGUUUGUGGAAGCGACAGAGGAGGCAUUUGAUAAUAUCCUGAGCGCAAUCGAGCGCGGCGAGCGGGACGACUCCUUCCUUCUUGAGCUAUUCAAUGAUGAAUACAAUUCGGAGACGAUUCUCUGUCAUUUCAGAUUCCUUACCAGCGCGUACAUGAAACUAAAUCCCCAUCGCUAUUCAGCCUUCCUACCAAUGGACAUGCCAAUAGAACGGUACUGUUCAACACAAAUAGACCCCGUCAAGACCGAGAUCGACGGGAUUGGUCUGCAAGCAUUGGUAGAUGGAGUCAUUGAGGGUUCUGGGCUCGUUGUAGAGAUCUUAUACCUUGACCGAAGUGAAGGCGAUGUCGUGACUCCGCAUGUGCUCACACAAACGAGGCCAGGUCUUGGGGCCAUUCGCCUGCUUUAUCGACCCGGCCAUUACGACCUACUUUACCGAGCGGAAUCGGCCGUAAACAUGCAACCGCUGGUCAACUUGCAAUACGCCAUAUCUUCCGAUUACGCGCCCUGGGAUACCAGUCACUUGUCGUUUGAUAUGAAUUCCAGCUUAAUGUCAAUUCCGAACAUGAUGAUGGACAAUUCAUAUGCGCUGGCCUCUCCAAUGUCGCAACCUCCGUCGGGUCCAUUUCGCGUCUCACCAGCGCAGCCUCCGCCAGAUCACUAUCGAGUUUCACCAUCGCAGCCUCCGCCAGAUCACUAUCGAGUCUCACCAUCACGGCCCUCGCCAGAUCACUAUCGGCUCUCUCCGUCUCACGCACAGCCCUCUCCGGAUCCAUACCGAGUCUCCCCACCGCAAGAGGUCUACCACGCCCCUGUGCACACGCCUCCUCCGCCACCACCCAUCGCCUCUCCGCAACCACAAAUCCGACUAUCCGGACCGCCACCUCCAAUGCUAGGUUCGUUGCCUCGUCGGACAGAUGAUGGGCCUCAGAUCCGACUCAGUAAGCACGUUAUUGAGUCGAACUUGAACCAUUCACUUCCUCUUCCGGUCACCGCACCGUUCAAGAAUUCCCCUUUCAAUCAUGCCCACUACCAAAACCCAGAUUUCGAACCGAUGCACUGGGCUCCCAAUGAAUCCCGCAAGUAA